AUGCUCCCGAACCCGACUCCGUCUCAGGUAGAGCAAAAGUUCCUCCGCCGCAUCUCAAUGCACCCCACUCUCACCCCUUAUCGCCGACGCGUCUAUCGCUGCCUUCUGAGCGUCCCCGCCGGCCGCUGGACCACCUACGCCGCCAUGGCCAAGUAUCUCGGAUCUUCGCCGCGGGCCGUGGGGAACGCUAUGCGGACCAAUCCGUUUGCGCCGGAGGUGCCAUGCCACCGUGUGCUAGCAGCGGACGGGACGUUGGGCGGGUACAAGGGGGAGUGGAGAGUUAGUAAGCAUAUUGGAAAUGGCUCGUUUCGGAAUGAAAAGAAGUUACGAUUAAGAGAUGAAGGAGUGCUUUUUGAUGAGGCGGGGAAGGCGAAGGGGGUCUGUUUUAUGGAUUUUCGAGAUCUGGGCGCCCAAUAG